AUGACUGAACCGGACGAACUCUUUACGCUAAAGAAUCACGUGUGGACUGGUAACUAUGCAAACGCGCUGAGCGAGGGAUCCAUGCUUAAUCAUCUGGGUGAAGCGCUGCGUAAUGAGCGCGACGUAUACGUCUAUAGAGCGCAAUUAGCGCUGGGUAAUAUCGCGCUUGUGCUCCGAAGCAUUCCAGACGGUGGUAACACGCCUAUUGCACUGAGCGCUGUGAAACUCUGGGCAACUUAUCUUAGCGGUCGAGGUGAUAAGGAAAUGAUUGAUCUGACACUCAAGGAAUGGCUGGCUGAUCCCACAAGUGGUGAAAACACGCAUUUGCUGCUGAUCGCCGGUCAGAUCUUUUCUCGUGAAGGCAAAUACUCAGAUGCGUUAUCGGCGCUGACUCGUGGUGGAUCACUCGAGCAUAUGCUGUACAUUGUGCACCUGUAUCUUCAAAUGGAUCGAAUAGACUUGGCUCAGAAGAUGGUGGCGGAGAUGAAGCGCAUUGAAGAGGACUCAACGCUCACGCAACUGGCGCACGCAUGGUGUCUAACAGUGCAAGGUGGUGACAAGGCUGAUGAGGCUACGCUGCACUUUCAAGAGCUAGCUGAUAGAUUUGGAUCCUCCACGCUGUUAAUAAAUGGUAUGGCAGUAGCAUUUAUGGCACUCAAGAAUUACGUUGAGGCGGAGCGCUUGCUACUAGAAGCCAUCGGCAAUGAUUCAACUAACGAAGACACGCUUAUUAAUUUGAUUACAGUCAGUGCACAUCUCAGCAAGCCGACUCACCAAUAUAUUGAGCAAUUACAAAAGGUGGCACCUUCAAGUUUGUGGCUAACGAAGUAUGCAUUGCUAGAUCGAGAAUUUUCCGAAUUGGCUGCCACUUAUGCGUAA